AUGCCCCCUCCGUUUCGACAUCCUGGCCGCUUUGCCACGGAGCUGGUGCGUCUCGCGCGUAGACCACGCCCCAGCUACCGCCUCAACCCCCAACUGUGCUCACGCCCCUCCUCCAGGCCCUCCUUAUCCUUUUCGACACUGUCCCUGCUCAAAACAUCAAAUUCCGGCCUGCCGGCAGCGGCCCUGCUUGCUGGAGUAGGAGCAGGCCUCUUCUCGCUCGCCACCGCUUUCCAGGAUCCCGCAGGCGCAGACCGUGACCUUGACCGGGACCAUGACCAUGGCCAUGAUCAAAAUUCUCCGUCGCCCGCCGACGACAUACGCGACCCCUCCGUUCCCCGAUAUCGACUGUCCGACAUCCACAGCCACGAUGCUUCGCAUCCCAACCCAUGGGUCACCCACCAGGACAAGGUCUACGACAUCACCGACUGGGUAUCCGCUCACCCCGGCGGCGAGGUCAUCCUCCGCGCCGCCGGACAGAGCAUCGACCCCUACUGGGCCAUAUUCACGAUCCACAACCAAACACAUGUCAAGGAGAUACUGGACCAAUACCUGAUUGGCUACAUCCAUGCCUUCGACCUCGUGGACGGGCUCCCGCCCGCUCACGCCAUUCAGGACCCCUUCGCGUCUGACCCGCCCCGUGACCCAAGGCUGUUCACACAUACCGCUAAGCCAUGCAACGCGGAGCCGCCCAAUCAGGCCCUGACUGAUGAAUUCCUCACCCCCAACGAGCUGUUCUACAAGCGCAAUCACAUGUGGGUGCCAGUCGUAGACGACAACAAGCUCGACCAGCACACAUUGACGGUCGAGCUCCCCGAUGGGGAUGUGAGGUCGUACACCCUGGAUGACUUGAAGACAAGAUUCACAACGCACCGAGUGACGGCCGUCCUCCAGUGCUCAGGGAACCGGAGGAGCGACAUGACCCGUCGCGCCGGCAAGACCAACGGCCUGCAGUGGGGUGUAGGAGCUAUCAGCAACGCGGAGUGGCAGGGCGUGCGCCUGGUUGAUGUGCUUGCGGAUGCCGGGCUUCAGGUCGCGGGCCCUGAUGCAGAAGAUGAGAGCCUCCCAGAUCCCAGCACCCACCACGUCCAACUCACCGGCCUCGAGGCUUACGGCGCAUCGAUCCCUCUUUCCACCGCCCUUGACCCCAGGAACGACGUCAUACUCGCCUUCAGCAUGAACGGCCAGCCUCUACCGCGUGACCACGGAUCCCCGUUGCGCGCUGUCGUGCCCGGCCAUGUCGCAGCAAGGAGCGUCAAGUGGUUGUCCAAGAUUGUUAUCAGCGACGAGGAGAGUACGUCGCAGUGGCAGCGGCGUGACUACAAGAGCUUUGGUCCAAACCAGCGGGACGUGGACUGGGAUAGCGCACCGGCCAUCCAAGAGAUGCCCGUGACGAGUGCAAUCACGAAGGUGCUUGUCGGCCAGUGCGUGCGGCAGGAUGACAAGUGUGGGCACCCUGUAUCGGGUCCUGAGGCAGGCGAGGGUCGGGAGCCAAUAGCCAUCGAGGGCUAUGCCAUGUCCGGGGGCGGGCGAUACAUCAGCCGUGUCGACGUCAGCCUCGACGGCGGGAAGACGUGGGACCAGGCCGAGCUCCUCGAGGACCCCAGUGCGGGCCACAAGGCCUGGGCCUGGAAGAGGUGGCGUUAUCUUGGCCACUUGGAGGCACCACCCGCCGUGGCCCCGGGGCAGCAGCCGCAGUGCACAGAGGUCGUGGUGAAAGCGACUGACAACAGCUACAACACCCAGCCGGAGACGCACUCCUCCAUCUUCAACCUGAGGGGAAACCUGGCGAAUGCGUGGCACCGCGUGACAGUGUGUCCCGAGUGUGUACCUGCUGCAGCUGCUGUAGAAGGCGGAAGUGGGAGACAUAAGGUAGUGUGGCGGACGGGCGGGGCCUAUGGAUGCGGGUUUGAUAGAGAGAACAUUGGUGCCGAGGUGAACCUACGUGUUGCAAACAAAACCAACUAA